UUUCGCCCACUGCCCAAAAUCACUGCCUAUAUUACUCACUGCCUAAAUCGGCGAAAUAACUCGGCAAAUGUCCUCUACCUUAAAAAUUUCUGCACAUUUUCUUUUAAAUUUGUUAAUUAUUUUUUAAUACAUAAAUUAGAGGUCGGCACAGGACAGGACCCUGCACAGGAUUUUCAGCCUUUUUUUCAGUUUUCAGGAUUGUCAGGAUUAUUCCUGCAGGAUCCUGUCCUGUUCGAAAUUUUAAAACCUAAUCCUGUUACAGGAUCCUGCAAAUGCGAUUUUACCGACCUCUAACAUAAAGUCUGACUUUAAAACGUUUAAGAUUUAUUCAAAACAUAAAUUAAAAUAAAAAUUUAAUAAUGGCUGGUGUUGUUACAAUGAUUAACAAAUUGCUUGAUUGGAUUCGUUCCUUGUUUUGGAAAGAAGAAAUGGAGUUGACUCUUGUUGGUUUACAAGGUUCGGGAAAAACAACUUUUGUUAAUGUUAUUGCGAGCGGGCAAUUUACUGAGGAUAUGAUUCCAACUGUUGGUUUCAAUAUGCGAAAGAUAACGAAAGGGAAUGUUACUAUAAAGCUUUGGGAUAUUGGAGGUCAACCACGGUUUCGGUCAAUGUGGGAACGUUAUUGCCGUGGUGUAAACGCUAUUGUUUUUAUGGUCGAUGCAGCAGAUCAGGGCAAAUUAGAAGCGGCAAAAAGUGAAUUAAUUCAACUUUUGGAUAAGCCCCAAUUGGAGGCAAUUCCCGUUUUGGUUCUUGGAAAUAAAAAGGAUUUGCCUGAUGCUUUAGAUGAGGGACAGUUAAUUGAACAGAUGAAUCUUUCUACUAUUCAAAACCGCGAAAUUUGUUGCUAUUCGAUCUCUUGCAAGGAAAAGUCUAAUAUUGAUAUAACCUUGCAAUGGUUAAUUCAACAUUCAAAAACUGCUCGUUAA